AUGCUGGACCUGCAUGAGGCGAUGCGGGGACUGCGGUUUGCGCCCGAGGCACUCGCAGUGCUGGAUGCGAACCGACAAGUACGGGUGAUAUCGCGACAGGCUGAACGGCUGUUUGGUGUUCCUGCUGCAGACUUGGUGGGGCGGACGACGAGCCAUGUGUGGGCGGAAGAGUCGCGCCCGGCGUUUAUGCUUGCGCUGAACGAGGCGGCGCAGAGGAUUGGGCAUGCGGAUACGGCAGCUCCGGUUAUUCGUCGGCUGAAAACGAGCAAGGCUGCGAUGCUGGAUAUGUGUGUGUCUGCGUGGCAUCCGACGGAUGAUCCGAUGUACGCUACGUCCAAGUCACCGACAAACACUCUUACCGCGCCACGAACGAUCAUGAUCCACGAAUGUUUCUACACGAUAUCGCUCAGAGACGUGAACACUCCUCGCCGGAACAACCGACUUGGACGUAAAACAGAGGCGAAAACACAUCUGGAGCCCCCAACGCUUCAUCCAGUGGACGAAGGCGUGGAUCUAGCCUCUCCGCUGACAAACAGUUCAGAUCCAAGCAGACCACCAUCGCCCCGAAUGCCACAAAACGUCAUGUACGAAGACAGCCAUACCUCGUUUCUAGCACAAGGCUUCCCUAUGCGUGCCCCACUCGAUGACCCAAUUCCGACGCCACUCAGUUCCUUCGGCUCCGCUGCCCUAUCUCCGCCCCGCCGCCCUUCCAUCCCCACACUAGCCUCCCGAUCGUCACCCUCUCCCCCGCCCAUCACCCUGGCCGAAACACUUCGAGAUGGCGUCAUCGAUGCCCUCGGUGUCCCCACCAUCGCCCUCUCCGCCGACGGAACCGUUGCCAUACGGAACCAGCGAUGGGUCGAGCUCGUCGGAGCCGGUGAACCAGGCGUCGUCUUGUUCGACGGGAGCGCCAAGCACGGAUCACGCUGCAACUCUCCAUCAUCUGGCUUACGUCCCAGUCCCGGCUCUGCGUCUGGGCUCAACGCCACCCGUCAAUGGCACCCUUCACUCGUCCUUACCGAUCUAGACUUUACCUCUCCGAUCGGUCCCAAUUCGCAUCCACUCUAUCGUGCUGCUGUGCUUGGCCAGGUCGUCAACGAACACCGGUGCGGGGGUGUGCGUACCGACGAGGCCUCGUUUGUUUCUGAAAAGGGUGAUACUAAUGGGAGCGGGGGCGGGAGUGUUUCUUCUGGUUCGGGUGACUCGCCUACUAGGACCGAGCGCUCUGACGCCGGAUCCGAUCCCACCACAACUGUCAAGGCCGCGUCUCCGUCGGGGACGUUCAGGCCCUUGUUGAGCGAUAGCUAUUUCCCCCAGGGCGCCAAGCCCACUCUAGAGCGUGCGGGCUCGGAUUCAGUUGUUGGAGAAACGCCUUCGACGGUUAGGCAGGCCCCGUCGUCCGUUCUACACGAUGUGGGUAUACCAGACGGGGUUCGCCUCGUGCUCGAGAUUUCCGCCAGGCCAGUGCGGGAUACGAGGGGCGAGCUUGUGGGAGGCGUCAUGACUAUUCGGGACGUGACCCAGAUCGAGAAGGAGAGGGUGCAGAGUGUCCAGGAUGAGAGCAAUUCACGAACGUGCACGGAUAUUCACGAUACGGUCGAAGCGCUCGCUGUGUCCCGGAGAGCACAAGAGAGGCUACAGGCGACGUUGAACCAUGCGGCGGUCACGCUUUGGGCUAUCGACCAAGACAUGAAGAUCACGAUUGCAGAGGGACCCGGUCUGCGUCAACUCAAAUUAAUGAACUCUCCACAAGGAUCGACAACUACAUCCUCCUCCCGCUCAGACCACUCGUCCUCGCAACCUCCCUCGUCGCACACCAACUCGCGCUCGGCGCACCGAACACGCAACAACUCGAUGAUCGGCCGGUCGAUCUACGAGGCCUGGGACGCAAGCUUGAUCGGCUCUGCGAUCGAGCGUGCGUUUGCGGGGGAGAAUGCGGUGCAGGAGAUGGAGAUCGAGGGCCGGUGGUUUAGGACGCAGUUUACGCCGUUGAGGGAGGAGUGGGAGGGUCUGGCGGAUGGGGUUGGGAUUGGGCCUGCGGCCGUGGUGGCUAGUAGUGGUCCUGGUGGGGCUGCGGAUGAGGAACGGCCGGUGAUUGGCGUCGUCGGGGCGAGCAUGGAUAUAACAGAUCGGAAAAUCGCCGAGGUGCGGUUGCGCGAGUCGUUUGCGGAGCGGUCGAGGCUUUUGGCGUCCGAGACUGCGGCGAAAGAGGCCAGCAGACUCAAGUCGCAGUUCUUGGCGAACAUGUCCCACGAGAUCCGAACUCCCAUCGCUGGCGUGAUCGGUUUAUCCGAACUGCUCUGCGAUACUCAUCUCAAUGAAGAACAACGCGGAAUCGCCGAGAACAUCCAAAGAUCGGCGGAUGCUCUCCUCACGGUUAUCAAUGACAUUCUUGACUUUUCGAAGGUCGAAAUAGGCAAGCUUGAUAUUGAUAAUAUUCCGUUGUCCCUUGGUGUGGUACUCUUGGAUACCAAAAAAAUGUUGUCGUUUGCGGCCCGAAAAAAGGGCCUCAUUUUCAAUGACGAGAUACACAUCAAGUAUGCCGGCCGCGUUAUGGGCGAUCCUGGCCGACUUCGUCAAGUAUUAACUAACCUCCUGACCAACUCGAUCAAGUUCACGUCCGAGGGUUCGAUCACCCUGCGGGCCAUCCAGGAAUCAGAGGAUGAAAAGACAGUGCGAGUGCGGUUCUCGGUCGAGGACGAAGGGAUGGGUAUCGCAGACUCGAUCCGCGAGCGACUGUUCCAGCCGUUCUCACAGGCCGACUCGUCCACUGCGAGGAGGUACGGAGGCACCGGGCUGGGAUUGACGAUUAGUAAAAACCUCGUGGAGCUCAUGCGCGGGCGGAUCGGUCUCGACUCGAAAGAAGGCAAGGGCACAUGUGCCUGGUUUUCGGUUCCAUUCAAAAAGGCAUCUGAUGAGUUGCCCGCUGCACCUCGUUCAAACUCCAACCGAGUCGAACUCGACAAGCCCACUUCCACUCGGUCCGGCAAGCGCCAUUUCAUCGCUGGCGAUACAAAUGGAAAUGGCCUCCUCGGGUCAAAUAUGGUCAACGGAAUGGCACCCAGGCCCUCGGGCUCGCUGCAACGCCCACGAGAAGGGAUAUGGAUCCUCGUUGCAGAAGAUAAUCUGAUAAACCAACAGAUUGCACUCAAGACGUUGCGGAAAAUGAACUUUAACGCCGAGGCGGCGGAUAAUGGAAAACAAGUUCUCGCCGCCUUGGAGAGACGAACCUAUGACCUGAUUUUGAUGGAUUGCCAGAUGCCUGAAAUGGACGGCUAUGAAGCGACAAUGUGUAUUCGACAAUUAGAAUCAGUCGAGGUACGAUCGAUACCCAUUAUUGCGAUGACGGCGUCUGCCAUUCGAGGGGACAAGGAAAAGUGUCUCAAGGUCGGGAUGUCCGAUUACCUGUCCAAACCUGUUAAACGCCAGGCCUUGGAAGCGAUGCUUGUGCGUUGGUUGUACGAUGAGACGUACCGCCAGGAACUCUCUCGCUGGUUCCUUCCUCCGCAGAAAGCGUUGUCCAUGUCUCCCACGAGUACACCUACACUCGAGGCCGGAACUCCCACUAGCGUGCGACCAGAGCUAUUUCAAGUCCCUGAUUCAAUAAAAUCCCUAGGGGAGAGAUCUUUAGCUGCUGAUAUCACGACCAAGGCUGGUAUGAACAUGAACGGUCAUAUAGUACCGAAUAGGCCAAUUCGGAACGAGGCGUUAUGA